GUAAAACCUAUUUACUUUACAGAAAACAGAAACAUCAUUCUGGUUUUUAAUUGAAAAUUAUUUGUGAAAAACAAAUUAAUAUGUCUGGAAGUAGCAAACUGCAAAUAUUGUCGUUGUACAAAGCAUUGAUGAGGGAGUCACAGAAGUUUUCGAACUAUAACUUCCGAUCUUACGCUGUAAGACGAGUGAGGGAUGCAUUCAAAGAAAAUCAAACUUUGACAGAUCCGAAGGCAAUAAAGAAACAGUUGGAGUUUGCAAAGGGCAAUUUAAAUAUUGUAAAACGACAGGUUUUAAUAGGAAACUUGUACAAGACGGAAAAAUUGGUUAUAGAAAAUCUACGAUAAAUUACACUUUUGGUUCUCGUUAGACACACUUACCUCAAGACAUUGAAGAAUAAGCAUAAUAAAGAAGAAUUAUAAAAAAGGGAUGAAUAUAAUCCAUGUAUGUAUUUCGAAAUUUAUGAACUUAUUUGUUGCUCUAGAGCAACAAAUUUAGGCUUGUAUCAUUUAACUAAUAGUGAACAAAAUCUCAAAAUUAAACUUUUUUUUAAACAUGAAAAUGUAUUGCUAAUUAUACGUAACAUAGUACAUGAACAUGUUAUGUAAUGUAUCUGAGGAUAUUGCACACAUCUAUAGUAAAAGGGUUUAGAAAUUGUUGAAAUUACACUAAAAUACAGUAACAUAACACUCCUUUUUGUUGGCAGUCAUGUAAAUAGAUCAAAAUUCAACUCUAUCAAACAUAAGACAGAAUCAAAAAAGAAAUUCCUUGAUAUUGCACAUUUUUCUAGUCAAUCUGUGUAUGAUUUGUGUAAUUUACUAAAACCUUCAUCCUUCGGUUGGACAUAGAUUUAACAUAAUAUCCUAUAUUAAUACUGUGUGUAAUAAAUGAUAACAAAAAACUCAACACUCAACUAUUUUAAAGAGAAAAAUUACAUGCUGUACAGUCAAGUGACCUCUCAGUAACGUGCCCAGAAGGUUGUCAGGAUGCUCAGUCGAUAGACAUAGACGAGAUGUCAAAAAUACAGCCAUAAAAAAUAUGUAAAUCAUUCUAUUUAUGUUUCAAGGAAUAUAUAUAAAUAUACUGAACUUGUAACUUAUGUCACAUUUGACGUUGAUGAAUAUUUAGUCUGUGUCAAUAUGACACAGUUCGCAUUGUUUUUUGACAUGGUGUUCGAUUUGCUAUUUCUUGACGUACUCGUUAUUGCCGUAUGCAUAGUUGUCGAUGUUGUGCCCUUCUCGAAUCCAUACACAUAUGUAUUGGCAUCAUAUUAUGUGCAAUAUUCUCAUCAUGAAGACUAUGUCAUGUAGUGUUCGUAAUUCUGAAGUAUAUAAGCCAGGUGGAGAUGAUGAGGUUGAUUGUGGGUGAUUCGAAGGAAAAAAAACACAUCGAAAUAGGUAUUUAUGUUGUAUUUUAUGAGUUUUCUCACACCAAACAAAAAGGAAAGUUUAUUCACAAAUUUUGCAUUAGUGUCACAAGCUUUUAAUGUCGCCUAAAAGAUUUUGUGUCAUUUAACGCGUGACAAGAAUUCAUGUCCGCGUAGUAAACCGUUGAGGAGUUCCGACUUCGGGGGCAGAUCCUGGGUCAUCACAAAUAGGCAAGGAAACUGAAGCGGCUCUGCAAGAGUUGAAAUUUUCCACGUAAGUGGAAGUAAAUGAUCAUUCAACUUGCAAGAUUUGAUUAAUGACCAAAAAAAAUUACUUAGAAAAGUAAAAAAUAUAUAUACAAAAUUCUUCUUUAUUCAAGUUAGGAUGAUACACAUCAAUUAUUGAGUAGUUAUGAAAGCGUAAAAUACAGGCUAUAUUGUGCAAAUAAACUAGUAUGAAUGAGUUAUGUAUGUUAAACCUUGUAAUAUAAUACUGCAUUUUUGAAAUGAUUCAAAAUUAAUGCUUUUUACAUUUUCACAAGUUUAGUUCUCUAGUAAGACUGUAUAACGCAAUGUAUUGUUUCUUUGUUAAAUUUUAAGCUUAGCGUAGUGUUGUAAAUAAAUGAAUAGUUAUUA